GACUUAGAUAUUUAUGUCAAAGUUAAAUAAAUAGCAAGAACCAAUAUCAACCGAUAUUCUGGAUGUAGAAAAAGCUGAUUCCUUGCUCUAGUACACUGCAUUUGUAAAUCAGUGCAAAUUUUGGCUGUGCUUAUAGUGGAUUGCUAACACAAAGAUCGCAAUUUGUCAUACAUAAAUAUGAUCAAUAAACUACAUCUUCAUUAUAAACGUUUUCAGCAGUUUGGUUUUUAAACGUUUUAAGACACCUCGUACGACAGAGGGCGCAUUUUUUUUUAGCGAGUCAUACAACUGACCUUUUUUCCCAUCAUCCAACGCACAUGUAGCUUGCGGAUUGACCUCAGAUUGUGGUAGGACCAAUGCUCCCCUCUUUGGUACAAUAUUAAUGAUAGCUGGGGCAAAAUCUUUAAUUACACGAUAAAACACAAAUAUACCCUUCCACCGAUUGAGGAAAAUUUUUAUUUGGAAAUCACACCGACUGGUAAAAGGUGCGACUGCAGUUUUCUAUGGCUGGAAUCGAAGAGCUAUCACCGGCUUCGGGCCCAGUUGAGACUCGGCCCCCAGAAGGCGAAAUCGAUGAAGAUGAAGACGAGGAGCUGGAUGAAACUAUUUUGGAGAGGCUGUGGGGUUUGACUGAAAUGUUCCCUGAUAAACUGCGCUCUGCAGCUGAGGUGACCGCAUCUGGAUCAGUCAUUGUGGCCAAGAAGCUGUACAGCUUCUCCCGCUCUGCCCUGUGGGUGGGCACUACCUCCUUUAUGAUCCUGGUCCUUCCCGUGGUGUUUGAGACUGAGAGACUACAGCUGGAGCAGCAGCAGCUACAGCAGCAGAGACAGAUCCUUUUGGGGCCUAAUGCUGGGAUGUCCGGUGGAAUGCCAGGGAUGAUGCCUCCUGCCCCUGUAAAAAUGUGAAGAUGCUGUCCCUCUGACAGCAUGACUGAUGCAACCAACGAGGGAGAAGGGAGGCUUGGAAGGAGAGAGACGAGGAAGAGGGAGGAAGCAAAAAUGCAAAUCUGCAUGUGGUCAGCACAGAUGCUCAUUCCAACAUCCAGGAUUCGCCAUUUGUAGAGGAUGAGGAUGUCACUUUCUGGGUGUUGCAAUAAUCAAUGUCCCUCUCGCUGCCUCUCGUACUCAACAUCCUGCAGAGACUGACUUCUGAGCACUGUUCUUUUACCUAAUUUCUUUUUUUAUAUACAUAUAGUGAUAAGAAUAUCUAUGUGUUCUGGGGGCUUGGACCAGGUGGAUUUAUUAAAGAAAUUCCCCUUUAUAAAUAAUUAAACAAUAUUGUUGUUGUUUAGGAAGUUAUCAAGAGCUUUGGGUCUAAAGAAUGUUUUCAAUGUGGGUGUGUAGCUGCGUUUGGAACAGUUGUUCUGUUUGGAAAUGUGUUCAUCUCACCUGUAAGUGGGAAAAUCAUGGGACAUAAUAGCAUAAUUACGUCAAUAUUCACAAUCACCGCUGGUCAUGGAGAAUUUUAGUGUCCUGAUUUUUGUUGUUACCUCUCCUUCAAGAACUGGCUUUCAUUAAUGAUGACCAUUGAGUGGGUGAUUUGGUUGAUGUAUUGGCUUUUCAUUGAUGAAGCAAAGGCUGGCAGUCUACCAAACUCAAAAGAUUAAGCCAUAGAUAAGGGUGUUUUUGUUGUUAUGUUUCCCGUUGAACAUCUUGAGAAUUUAUUUCACAUGUGUUUAAGACUUUUUUGAGUGUUAAAGCCAUCACACAGUAUGCGUUAUGGGAAAAAAUACUUUUAAGAACUUUCCAACAGCACUUCAUAUGCAUCAUUGUUUAUCUGUAAGUUUGUGUCAAUCUUCCUGUCAAGCCUGAGAUAUUGUCAGUACAUUUUCUGUUGUCAGCUUCUUUGGAACUUGGUCUCUUGCUUAGUCAUCCAGAGCAAAUUCUGUGUUCAACAUUACUGUAGGAAUAAAAACACCAACGAAAAGGA